AUGUAUCUUCAAAACAGAUCGGAGCUCAUCAAACCAACCGAUGAUUCCAAACAUGCUGUGAUUAUUAUCAAUGACGUGGUAUGUGACGACGAGGAGCCAUCAUACGAAUGCAGCAUAGGAUACAAUCAAGAAGGCCCACAAGACCCAGUUUCCGAAGGAUUAUCAAUUUCACUACAAAAGUCGUCUAAACGACCCCUGGACAUUCCACUGAUACAGACAACUGAAUUACAAGAAAACGAGGACCUGGGCUUGGCCUGUGUCGCUGAUGUAGGAAAACCACCUGGUAUUGUGAAAUGGUGGAGAUUCCGCAUUAACAAUGAUUUUACUCUUAUAAAAGAAUCUGUUCAAAUACCCAAUGAAGCCGGAAACUGUGAAUUUGUUAUUAGUCUUAAUAUAACACACACGGUUACAAAAGAAGAUAAUGGCGCUUUCUUUCGGUGCACCUCGCAUAACAAUAUGAGCAAAGAUGAAGGUCCUAAAGACACAUCACUGUACAGAGAUACCACAAAAAUAAAUGUACUGUAUGAAGCUUUGGUUCUUAACAUUAUUCGGGUUCCUGAGUUUAAUGUUUAUCCAGUUUCCACUUCAAGGUUGAACAUAACUUGUAUAGCAGAUGGAAAUCCUAUACCAACUGAUGAAGAUUACAAAUGGACCUUUCAAUCUUUUUAUUCCAACACCACUGAGGAAAAGAAUUCGAAUGGGAAAUUUCUUGUUCUGCAAAAUCUUCAAAAAGAGGACUCGGGAACAUACACCUGUUCUGUCACAAAUUCUUUGAACUCUACACAUUCUUCAAAUAUUACAAUUAUUGUUAAUGGAACACUUCCCGAACCAUGGCCUAUUUUAUAUUGUCUUUCGAAUCCAUGUGGAGCUCUGGAGAAAUGUGUAGAUCUAGGACAAAAGUACAACUGUGAAACCAAUGCUAUGAGUAUUGUUGGAGUCCUUUUUGUGAUUUUAGCUAUAGCAUCCAUAGCUAUAUCAUUUGGACUUGCAUACUACAUACGAAAACUUCACAAAGUUUCAAAAAUAGGUGUGGAAAAUGAAAAAGAUAGCAAUGGUAAAGCCAAUGGAAUUCCAUUGAGAGGGACAGAAAGCGAUCUGAAAACAUCCAGCACGACAAUUCUUUCGGAUGAGACGAACGGCGCUAUUUACGCUCAGAUCCAGAAAUCGUAA